GAAGACAAUCCCACAUUUUGACAUACCCCAAGACGCCAUUUUGCGCGUGAUUGUCUUCAAAGUAAAUCUCGAAAUAUUUAUGGAUAACUGCAGUAUUGUUCGGAUUCGUUGUUAAAAUGCAUUUGGGCCUGCAUUAAUUAUAUGUUAUGGUAGACCAUAACAGCUGAUCAGAAGAAUAUGCCACAGAUUGUGUCUCUAAAGUAACUGACGUCAUGACAACCAGAAGUGGGAAGAGGCGUCCCACUGAGGUAUCCUGGGACAGUGAUGAUGACCUUCUUCAGGAAGACAUUGGAGGAAUUAAUGCUUUUCCUAAGAGCAAAGGCCAUGAAUCCGAAGAAGAAUAUGACGAAGAGGCCCUACUGGGGUCUGAUGAUGAAAAGGGAGAUAAGUCAGGAUAUGCCAACACUACAGAAGAAGGCAUCUCUCUCAUUGAGGACUCGGAGAGCUUCAACCAGACUGCAGGGGACUCAAUGGAGGGAGACUUUAUUGAGCACGAUGCAGGGGGACUCGACGGGGCUCAAGAUGCGGAAGCUUUAGAGAUAGCUGUUGAUGAUGAAGAGAUUCAGGACCUGGCUGAAGGCCUUGAUGACUUCAACCCAGAUAGCUACAACAAUGACCAGUAUGACGAUGGUAUCCUCUACCAGGAGGGUGGCGUGGGCUUUGAGGGGGGUGGGGAACCAUACCCGCAAGAUGAGCAGCAGUACCAAGGGGAGGAUUACGAAGCACAGCAGUUCAACCAGGAGGGACAAGAAGGACAGUUCAACACAACACAGGAAGAUGCUGAGGAGCAGGAGGGAGAUGAGACACAGACCACUCAGGAGCUCCAGGAGGAGAGUGACAGUGAGAGUGAUAGCGAUGGGGAGUCAGGCCGAGGCAGGUUCAAGUCUGAGAGGUCCAACAUCAUCACCAUCGCCACCACCAAGUCCAGACAGGACAUCCCGGAAACUCUCGAAAUCAGUGAAGAACAGCAGCAAGAGAUUGACCAGUUCUUGUCCAGCAACCAGAAAGGUCGUCGAGGUCGUGGGGGUCAGUGGCGACAGCAGGGCCCUAGAGGUCGAGGUCAGUUUGGAUCAAGAGGGCCCUGGCAACAGUUUAGGCCUCAAGGGGGACCUGGACAGCAGCAGUCAUUCAAUUCACAACAGAGAUUUGGUCCUCCUAGACAGGCCUGGAAUCAGCCGCCUCACCAGCAGGGACCCCCGGACCAUAUGCAACAUAAUCAACAACACCAGCACCAUCAGCAGCAGCACCAACAACAUCAUCAACCUCAUUCACAACACCCAGCGCAACCUCAGCAUCAACAGCAACCACCUCAGUCUCAUGCCCUGCCACACCCGGCACAUCCUGCUCACCCCAGUGUUGACAGCAGUCAGCAGCCAGCUCUGGGCUCCUCAGCCCAGCCACCGCCUUCGUCGCAGCCAUCGUCCAGGAAGAUCCUGAUUAACCCUCACUUCCGGGCCCGGGCACCAGCACCGGCUCCCCAGCCAGCGUCAACCAACAUAUCAUGGACGACACAGCGAGGCCCCGCUGAUGUGUAUCAACCCCCCCAGAUGCCUCAUCCACAGCCAGCUGCGGUAGCUCCACAGGUAUCACCUUACCAGCCUCCAGCAUCAGAACCAUGGCGAAGUCAGUCCCAAGCUCCGGUGCAGGGCCAGUACCAACCUCCUCAGCAUCAAGUAUCACAGCCAUAUCCAGGACCUGGUUACCCCCAGCCGUACCCCCAGACUCCCCAGCCACUACUGUCUGUCUCAAGUCAGCCCCGGCCCCUCCUGUCACACCAGGGACCCCCAGGCCAGCCAAGGUAUCAUCAGCCCCUAGUUCAACCGCAGCACCGAAGCACCAACCGCAGCACCAACCGAGGCGCCAACCGCAGCACCAACACCGCAGCACCAACCGCAGCACCAACAGCAGCAGCAACCGCAGCAGCAAGGCUCCAUGAUUCCCACCACCAGCAACCAACAGCAGCGUUUCCAGCAACCAGGCCACAACCAGCAGUUUCAGCAGCAACAGCAACAGCAGCUGAUGCCUCCCCCUCAACAACAUCUGAGGAGCCGAUGGAUGAUGAAACUCGAGAGCUGAGGAAGAAGCUGGAGGAGCAGAAACGGAUGCGGGAAGAGAUAAUCAAGAAGAAGGAGAUGAAGCGUAGACUGGAGGCAGUCAGGCGGCCGGAGGAACUUCGAGAAGAAGUUGGCUCAGAAGGAAUGACAAUUGAUGACAUUGCUGAUCCCUCCUCUGACUCUGGGCAAGACGCUGGCAUCCAAGAUGGUCAGCCAAUACAGGCCAUAGGAUCUCCUGCAGUCAAACCUAAAGCAGUACCAGGCAACCUGGCCAAUCAGACGAUGGGCAGAGGUCAGCCUAUCCGUGGAAUAUCGGGGUCAGGGAACCAGCAAGGGUCACUCAUGCGUCAGAUGUCUGGCGGGAUGGGUGAUCACCAGGGAAGUCCGAAUGUUGGUAUAAAACGGCAGAUGAGUGGUGAUGGUCCCAUUCAGGCCAAAAACACCAGAAUUUCUCAGCAGGGAAAUCAGCAGAUGAAUGCUGGGAGAGGUCAACAGAUGAACAGGGGUCAAGGGCAACCUAGAGGACGUGGCCAGAUGAGAGGAGGGCAGAUGAAUGUUCGUGGGAGAGGUCAUCAUCAUCAAGGAGGUCCGAACGGACAUGUCAACCCAGAGGUUAGGAUGAAUCAGAACCAAGGCUUUCAUGAUCCUGGGUUUCAGGGUCAAGGUCCAGCAAAUAGAGGUCAUGGUCCCCCAAAUAGAGGUCAAGGACAGGUUAUGGGUCGAGGUGGACCAGGAGGUCGAGGUCAGCCAAUGAUGCAGGGACCUAACCGUGGAGGACCUGGACAUCCCAACAUGAGAGGAAGGGGUGGGUCGCCCAUGAGAGGAAAUAUGCAAGGCAAUAAUAAUAUGAUGGGACCUAACGUGAUGAGGGGCAGAGGUCAGCCCAAUAUGCAAGGUCAGCCCAAUAUGAGAGGUCAGCCCAAUAUGAGAGGACAGCCCAAUAUGCGAGGACAGCCCAAUAUGCGAGGUCAACCCAAUAUGCGAGGACAGCCACAUAUGCGAGGUCAACCCAAUAUGCGAGGUCAGCCGAAUAUGAGAGGUCAGAUGCCCAUGAGAGGUCAGACCAAUGUCCGUGGGCCUCAACGUGGCAGGGGACAAAUGCAUGGAGGUAGAAUGGGACAUGUUACUAGAAACCAAGGUCAAGGUGAACCUGCAGGCAACAACCAUGGGGUGCUAACCUCACCACCCCAGACAAGGUCAGUGGUGCAGGGUCAGGGUGAAGGUGAAGGUCAGACUCGGAAAGUUGUUGUGCGAGGGCGAGGAGCAGCAAAUACCGCAGGUCAAGGCAGAGGUCGCGGAGGUGGUGCUCAAUCUGGUGCAAAUCAGAACAGGAAAAUUGUGAUGAGUAGUUCACAGACAAUACGGAUAACUAACUUGUCAGCAUCAACGUCCCAAAAGGUUCUAGACCAACUGUGCAAAACUGUCGGCCCAGUGGAGAGCAUUUCUUUGGUAAAAGCGGAGAAGCGGGCGACCAUCAAGUUCUGUAACUCCAACCACGCAUCCACCUUCACUAAGAGAUACAACAGACAUAUGAUUGAUCUGUCCCACAUCAAUGUUGAACUUGUCAACUGAGCUGGAUCAGCCAUCUUCACAAGCAGCGUGGCAGAGUUGUCCCCCCUUCUUCGCAUGGGCCCUGGCAGAGUUGUCCCCCUUCUUCAUAUGACAAGACAGAGUUGUUCCCCUUUCUGCACAAGAUGCCUGGUGUGGAAAUAAAUGGACUUGUAUAUUGCUGCCUGACACACUAGGUAAAAAAUUAUUUUGGACUUGGAACAGAUUCAAGUCUUUUCUCUUUUCAGAUGUACUACUGUUAUGUUUGUAGAUCAUGCCUGCUUGUCUCGUUUUCAAAAGCUGGUAUGAUAAAUGUUUGUCAUGAUGUCGAUAAUCAUUGUGAUGGGGGACAUGUACACAUCCUGCGAUUUUGUACAUUUGGCAUUGAGAAAAUAUGUCAGCACCAAUGCAACUCUUGGAAUGUCAAGAAAUCAUCAGCAGAACAGGGUAAAGAGACAGUGGAACAAGACCAAAGAAUAAUCAAGAAGAAAGGACAAAGACUAAAGUAUUGUGAGGGCAAUCACAACAUAUAACUACUUCAUCCUGGGAUAGCCCUUGUUUGUGAUUGGUCAGUUAGCAAAUUGUAACACUGCAUCCUGGCAUUGUACUUCUUUGUGAUUGGUCAGAUGGCAAAUGGGAACAUUGCAUCCUGGGUGACUCAGAUUUGUGAUUGCUUAAAUAGCGAAUCAGAACAUUGCAUCCUUGAACUAUACUGAUUUCUGAUUGGUCAGUCACCUGUUGUUCCAACCCAAGAUGUCAUUGAUUUGUGAUUGAUGAGUUCUGCUGAUGAGGCUGUCUUGUUGAAAGAUGGCCGUCUGUUUUAGAAGAAUUUAUCACAAGAUAGGACUGUGUUGAAGAUGAAGACCUUCCGAUUUCCUGUCAGACAUUUGUGACUAUGAAAGAGAGACAUGGUUUGUGUCUCACUCAAGAAUUUCCUCAGCAACAGUGGUAGCGAUUGUGUUGCUGGUCAAGAUCUGUGACAUUCAAUAUAACAUGAGAGUUAGUAAUUCUUAUAAAAAAAUUGUACCAAAAUCAGAAUGGAUUCCUAUUUAUCAUUGUUUUAGGACGUGUAAAUAACUGUAAACUGAAGACAAGACCCCAGGCGAUAUUUAAAUAAUGUGUGUAUAUAUGGAGAUAGGGAGUAUCCGAUUUGGAUCAACCUCAAUUUUAGUUUGACACAAAGUUUUAUGAAGGACUUUGUUGAUCUGAUUUUAUGUCAUUUCAGCUAUGUGUCCUGGCUGUGUGUUUUUUUAAUUAUCACAGGAGAUUUAGUUUCCUUGUUUUAUUCUUGUUUAAAGUGCUAUGAACAGAAAAUCAAAGAAAUCGAAACUUUAGAGAUCAGUAUCUGGUUCGGAUACAGUCGGCUUGUCAAAUACUGGCAAAAGGGUACAGAACUCAAGAAUUCUGUAAUUUACAAGGUUGUAGAAAUAAUAGCAAGAAUAUUAAUAAUCUAAGAAUAAUAAAAGACUUGAUAGGGUAUUUUCCGGCAUAUUUCCGUUCCAGAAAAAGUGAAGAGUGUCAAUGCAAAUGCUCCCAGACCUAAGUGUUAAUGGAACAUCUCAUAAUCCCCCUGGGUGUAAGGGUAAUGCUAUUUCUCAGGGCAUUAGUAGUUGUAGAUGCCCUUGAUCUGUGAGUAAAAACAAGCAAGUAAAUAUUGCCCAACAAUCUACCAUCAUCUCAGUAAACAGUUAAGAUAACCCCCGCCAAGUUACAAACACCCCCACCCACCCCCAAUCAGGUUAUUACACCCUAUCCCUCCAAUCAAGUUAAACCCCCACCCCAUCAAGAUAAUACCCCCUCUGUUAAGUUAUGAGACCCUAUAAUUGUUCUAUGAAGACCCCAGGGUGUCCUUCCAAGAUCAAGUGGUAACUUCCAUUACCCAUUAAAUAUUUCUCUUCUCAAAGUAAAAAAUAUCUACCACCACUGUAACUUAUGGCUUUUCUCUCAGGUUAAACAUGGACACCAUGAUUUGGCUGAAUAGCAAUCAAACAAGAAGUAACCCCCUCUAACUCAUUGUCAACAUGUCCAAACAGAAACAACCCACCUUCUUCCAUUCCACCACCCUCCAUCCCCCCACCCCAUCCCACCCCAUCCCACCCCCACUCCAAAUCAGAGCGAUGUAUUUCUUCAUAAGUCAUUUGCAUGAAUGAAAAGAUCUAGUAGGCCGACAGCUAUUGUUAGUUCUAACUGAUCUAUAUUGGAAAAGAUUCUGUGUCUGAAUUAAAAAGUUUUGCAAUGAUGAUUCUACAGAUUCCAAGUCAUGAUUUCAUAAUUACCAGUGAAUAGUGAAUAUUAAAGAUAGCAUUAUUUUUUUUCCUAAAUUCACUUAACCAUCCUGUUAAUAUAAUAUGUCAACAUGUAUGAUAAAGUGCUAUUGAGAGGAAGCGAAAGUCCUCAGAUGCCAUCGCAGUAAUUUUGAACACGUUAGGUGACUGUUUAAUAAUAGGUGCAGCAAGUAAGGUCUGAUUGGUCGAAAGGUUAUCAUUUCAACAAGUAUAUCUCUCUUGUGUUCGAUAUCAUUCGUAUUUACACUGUGAUGAUACGACAGUAUUUUUUGCACUUCAAAUCCCAGAUGUUGGAGACCAUAGACAUUCAAUCCAAUCAUUGAUCCAUCAGACAUUCAAUCCCAAAGAUUGUGAAUCCUAUAGACGUUGAAUCCCAAACGGAAUGCGAAGAAAUCAUGGUCCUAUAUUACACAGAGAGUGUUCCUUUAAUUUUGUUCAACCUGGUUCAUGUACAUUUUUGGAAGAUUAACAAAUCUGAUGUAUAUUGAUAAAUAUGCUGUAAAAUAAAAAAGAAUUGUGCUUAA